CCCAUGUGUUUGCUUUAGCCCUCCAGUUUUGCCUCGGUGCAUUUCCAUCACGUUGAGUCCGUCCGUGGCGAUCCCUCUCUCUCUCGCUCUCUUUCUUCGUCUGUCUGAGCCUGUGAUUAGGUCUGUCUGUCCUUUUCCUCUCUUUUCUCCGUUUUCUACUUUCCUUUUCAUUCCAACAUGUUCCAUAACCCGUGGAUUACUAACUAUCUCAACCACGUCACUCAGUGUAGUCAAGGCUAUGUCGGUGAAGCUUCUGCUAAGCUCUACAGCCCUGCACUACUAAAGAAAAGAGCAGUAAGCUUUGGUGUGGAUGACAGGACAUCACUGGUUAAGAGUACAACAGAAAUUGAUGCAAACAUCCUAGCUGUACUGCCCAAAGUUUCAGAGCUAAGGAAGCAAUUUGAAACCUCUAUCAAAAGUGGUCCAGAAAUGAACAGGAAAGAGAGAAUUGCACGAAGGUUGGAGGGGAUUGAGGCUGAUGUUCCACCUGCUCUUACUACAAGCAUGCAACACACAGCCGGCCUGGUGACCAACCGACUACUGGAGGAGGACACACCACGCUAUACACGUGCUUCAGAUCCCAGCGAUCCAGGCAUUGUGGUGCGGCGCUACAACCGUGAUGAGAUAGAAGCUCCAGAGCGGCAAUCCAGAGCUCGGACAUGUCCAGAUCCACAGUUGUCCACCCACCCUGAGCCAGUCGGUCCUACCCCAGCCGGUUCUGAUGCAGCCAGCCUCAGCUCUAAAGCCGAGCGGAUUGCGCGCUACAAAGCUGAACGUCGGCGACAAUUAUCAGAACGUUACGGAAUCCUCCUCGACCAAGAGGUGGAUCUGGAUUACGCGCCGCGCUACACACAUGCACGGAGAGAGUCUGACCUGUCAGACAAAGGGGCUCCUCCUGACAGGGGACGUGGUGAGAGCAGGACAAGGGGCGUGGCAUUGCAAAAACGGGAUGCGGGGUGGGACCGAAGCAGCAGCAGGUCUAAAUACAGCAGUUCAGGGAUAGGGCGAGUCUUCAUGCCUUCUGACCCCACCCCCAAUCCUGCUCCUCCUCCAUCAGGCUUUGAUGCGGAGCGAGAGAGAGAGAGGGCAAUGAACUUGGAAAAUUAUAGACGAGCACCUGACCGAAGUACGAAACCACGCCCACAGGAAACUCCGGUUCCAAUGGAAACAACAACAGCCCAACCAGCGAGGGGUGUCGCUGUUGUCACUGUAGCAAGUUCUCCUAGGACAGCACGCAGAGCUUCGUUGCCCACAACACGAUAUGGCAUCUCUCCUGGAGACUUGUUCAUCGAGCAACAAGCUCAAAAUAUCCUCAACAGACAGGGAAUACGAGUAAGAGAGAGACAGACAAGGGAGGACAUCUCGGGAAGGGGUUCUGAUUCAGGGCCAGAUGCAUCUUCUGUCAGACGUCAUCCAACAGUUGCCCCUCCAUAUUUAGCUCCACGACCUCAAUCUGCAAACCAACCGCGAACACGGAGCUCUGAACCCCCAAUCCAACAACCUAAUCAGGAGACCCGUCAACAAAGGGCACAUAGUGCAGAGCGGCCGCGAUUCCAGCGCACUCACAGUAUGGACUCGCCUGCCUUUCAACAUAUAGUUUCAAGUGAAACUGGAAAUCAUCAGCGUGCCCAAAGUGCAGAGCCCCCAAACUAUGAACAGAGUCCUGGUAUACACCCUAGCACCAUGGGUCGUCAGUCUGGAUUUGGACAAAUCAAGCAAUCCCUACCAAAGAGAAAUAGUCAAGAUGCUCAAGAACCAUCACAAAUGCACAGACCUUCACAACAGCCACACCCAGCAUACAAAGAUCUCCAGCAGCCAUUUCCUGGUACCAGAGAUGCCCCACCACCUGUACAAAAGUAUCAGGCUAUCCUUCAACCAGUGCCUUUAGAUCGGGACACUCGCCAACCAGCUCAAGUACAUGCACCUACUCAGAAGCCUCUACAUGAACAUGAACACACCUUGCAUUCACGUCUGUCACAUGGGCAUUAUGGUCACAGCCCUCUGCAGUAUGGUUCAGUCCAGGCACUGCCUCCAGCAUAUGGGCAAAUUGUUUACUCGGCUCCUUCCCAUACUUCUAGCCAUCUAUCUUCAUCUUCUAAUGCUCAUGCAGCUCACCCUGUGCCUGGACCUUCACUUAGUAAGUCUGAGACAGUGGAUCCCAAAGGACGAUUGCCCAUACCCAGUUUGGCACCUGCUGACAAAGAGGGUGAAGAGACUAGACGAAGGGCCAGUGCUGAUCACAUUCAGCCCAUUCACAGAGAAGGUCGAUCAGCAUCCAGAGUGGAUCCAGCUUCAGAAGGGUUACUUAAGAGCAGAAAAGCUGUGCUACCCUCAGAGAUCCGCCGCAGGCAAAAGAGUGUGGAUGAUCCCAUGCGUGGACAAACUGAUGAAGGUUUGGAAAGUCAGAGAAUCAGAAGGAUCAGCCAGUCAGAGGAGAUAGAGGAGAGAGGUGGAAGAAAGUUGCACCAGUUGGAAGAAAGGGAGGGGCCUAAUGGAAGAGGAAUUGCUCAGAUGGAGGAGGGAACAAUAGCAGGUGAAAAGGUAAUUGGUCUACUAAAAGACAGAGAACAGCAUUAUGACCGAAGGACCAGUCAAUCUGAAGAAAGAGAGGUAGAUAGUGGCACAAACAAUAGUUGGAAAGGUGAAGAUGUGGGACGUGGUGUAAGGAAGAUUGGUCAAAGAAAAGAAAACAAGCAAGUGGCUGGUAUUAAAAAGGAGGAGGGUCAAGAUAAUUGGAGCACUCACCGGUUAGAGGGGAUGGAACAAGGAGGUGUCAGGAAAGUUGACGAAUUCAAAGAAAGAGAAUGGGAAGUUGAUCGAAGACAAGGCCACACUUUACAGUCUGUUGAACCACUGGUGCAUGGUGAUAAGAAAAUCGGUCAAGAGGUAGAGGAGCAGAAACAAGGCCAAAGGUUCCUGCAAAAAGAAGUGGCAGAAGGACAUGGUAGAAGACGACGGAUUAAUCUGUCAGAGAAUGAAGAAGGGCAUGUCAGACGGAGAAGGAUAAGCCAAUCAGAAGAUGAUUGGGAGGAACGUAGGGUACGUAAAAUUGGACAGUUGGAUGCAUGGGAAGUGCAAGGAGUGCAUCGAAUGGGCCAGCCAGAUGAUAAUUUUGAAAGACCUGACAAAGGAAAGCAGAGGUUAAACCCACAUCUACCUGAAGAAAUAGACACAGCUCCCACACAGCUAACCAAUCAACAGCAUUUUCUACACCAUAGGGUGGGGGAUGUUGGAGGCUACUUGCAGAAAGGUUCCUUCCUCCCACAAGCUCAACAUCGAGUGAGCCAGGAUGCAGGUGACCUGAGGCCAAAGGUGCGAAUCCGCUCCAUGUCAGAUAUUGGAGUAACUCAACGGUCUGCUGCAUUGAGAAGUCUGGAGCAUGCUGCCAGUCGAGAGUCUGCAAUGGUGAUAGGUACAAGGCUUCAUACUAGAGAGCCGAGUGGUGUGGCCAAUGGUGAAAUGGGCACCUUGGACACAAGAGUUUCUGUGGCUAAACUGAGACAUUCCUACCUGGAGAAUGCUUCUGGACACAGACCUGAGCUGGAGUCUAAAGGAGACCAGGUUCCCAUGGAGAUCGAUCCAGUUGUCAACAGUGACCGGGAGAGAGGAGCACGUCGGCCCAGACGUUACAUUUCCCCUGGAGAUGACAGAAAGUCAUCUGAGAGGUUUAGAACCCAGCCAAUCACAUCAGCCGAAAGGCUGGAGUCUGAUAGGUCCCAUCUUAGUCCAGAGCUUCAAUGUGCAGAAUGCGAGUCAAAAUUGGAUGAGGAAAAAAUGGAUGAACGAGCUAAAAUGAGCGUGGCAGCCAAGAGGUCUCUUUUCAGGGAGCUGGAGAAGACUUCAGAGGGAGGUGUCCCCAAACCUCGAUCACGCAAUGCUGCGGUUGAGCGGAGACUCAGACGAGUGCAGGAUCGUUCACGGACACAGCCGGUCACGACAGAGGAAGUUGUCAUUGCUGCUACUUCCCCCGCUUCCCCUUCUCAAGUCAUCAUUAUUCAAACCACUGCUCCCAGAAUCCCCAGUCCUGCUGUAGUCAGCACUUCCAUGACUAGUUUCAGUCUGCAGGCAUCAUCAGCACAUGGAUCGACCCACCAUGAGCAGGAGAAAGAAGAUGUUUCGAAGGAGGCGGUUCCGGGAGAAGAGGAUUUGGGUCCCGAGGAGCCAGACUUAUCAACACUAAGCCUUUAUGAGAAGAUGGCAUUAUUCAAUCGCUUGUCACAUCCCUCUGGCCAGUCAGCAAACGGACCCCGUCCUGACACACGCCAGCGUAGAGCCAACACCCGCUUUCAGACUCAACCAAUCACCCAGGACGAGGUUGAUCAGCUGCAAAAUGGAAGCGUGAAGUUGGAGCCUCUCUCUGCAUCACUGGUCCGCUCUGUUACCGCGGUCACCGCCCAGGCCUCUGUUGCCACGGUGAUAAGUGCUUCCCCAUCAAUGACCGCAGAUGUUCGCAUGGGGAUCUCUGCAGCUCCACCCACCACUCAGGCCUCACCCAAUCAGGUGGUCUCUGCUCCGUUUCCGUCCUAUGAGAGAGGAGUUCGAUACUUCAGUCUUACAGAGAGUGGGGAAAGACCCACACCUGAUGUUCAGUCCCCGCCCCCCGCAGAGCUGCCCGGCCAAUCGGUGUACAGCAAGGGUGUGGCCGACGAGAGUGGGCGGAGGGGAAGACUAGGGUAUUUAAGCAGAGAGGAGAGAGACACAGAGCUCCCCAGUGCGACUUCCCCUCUGCACACACAUGCGCUCAGACACACACCCCCUCACGGCAGGGGAGACGCAGAGCUGAGUGGCCCACGGGAGAGGGAGAAAGAGGGUACACCCAUCUCGCAGGGAGGCUACCUCUCGCCAGAUGCCCAUCAGACGGCAAGAGGAAGCGGUACCAGAGCCAUCGUCUCAGAUGCCUCUGAUCCCAGCGUUCCCGUAAGGACGGUGAGCACAGCUGCGGUCUCCUCCAGAAGUUCUUCACACACCUCAAACACUCUCACUUACCUCCAACAAGCCCAGUCCUACACGCCUCUGCAGCCUCAACCAAAACCAGUGCAGCACCCUCAAAUCGACACACCAACCCAUGCUAGACCUCAAACACAACCCUACAGCCCGCCGACACCACCACAGACACAGGCCAAACCACAAGCACACCUCAUUUCUGACUCUCAACCUCACAUCCACGUUGACUCUCAGGCUCCUCCAUGGCAAACCCAGCUGUUCCCUGAACCCCAGCGGCAGGUGCAACCCAGGGUCCCGCCGCAGACGCAGCCCAAACCGCAAUCCUUCCUUCCACCUCAGUCACAUGCCUACAUUCCCCCUCAACCCAAGAUACCCCCUCAAACCCAGCCCAAACCCCAGUGCGUCAUACCACCUCCAACACAACCCCAAGAAGAGAUCCUGGGAAAAUACAGCCCCUCUGGACUCGUCGUCUCCAAAGACCAAAAGCCAGAGAUCCACGAAGAUCCAGAGGCCAUGACAUCUAUGUCAAUCAAAGAAAGGUUAGCCAUGUUGAAGAAGAGUGGAGAGGAAGAUUGGAAAAACAGGAUCAACAAGAAACAGGAAGUGGUGUCUGUAAGCGAGAAGAGUAGUCAAAUAAUGGAGGAGCAAAGCUUUACGAAAAAGGACGAGACCGUUAUCAGAGAGUUUGCAUCAUCUGAGCAGCUCUGGGAGCCUGUCUUUUCUUCCACCUACUCUCCUCCUCCUCUCCCAUCUACCCCAAAAUGCCAAUAUGUAGGACAACAAGGCAAGAAGCUUGAAGAGGGGGAGGGGCAGAUGUCCAUUGAAGAAAGGAAGCAGAUGAUCUCGACGCAGGAGGAGGCGUGGCAGAGCACAGGGAGGGGCGUGGCCAAUGACUCCGGCCAGUACACUGUGGCUGCCAGGAUGGUGAAAAAAGGUCUGGCUGCUUCCUCUGCAGUGAUCAGCCCUAUUCUGUCUCCAGUCUCUGCUAAACUGAAGAGCAGUGUGCCAGCUAUCUCGAAACCACAGGAAGAAAUUGAGGCCAGAGCAGAGAUGGAAUCUGAUAAGAAGCUGGAAAAGCUGGAGACGUUUUUAGGGCGUUUGAACCGUAAAGUAUCAGGUUUGCAGGAGACGACUUUGACGGUGACAGAAAAAGCCGUGAAGGAAGUGAUGCGACUGGAUGAUGAGAUCUUUUCAAAAUUUUACUGCCACAUGACAGAUAUUCCCCGCAGCAGGAUGCAUCUGGAUGAGGACUUUGAUGCCAUCUUCGGAAAACAAACUCCAACCUUGACAUCGGCGAUGGUGCAGCACAAGCGGGCCGUUCGUCCCUCCCGUAAUGUCCAGGCCUCCAGGAACCCCUUAAAGAUUCUCGCUGCAAGAGAAGACAUACGACAGGAGUACACUGAGGAGAGACUGAACAUCGGUCAGCUAGAAACCAAGAGAAUUAAACAGGAGAAAAUGAGCAAGAGCUCCAGUUUGUCGGAUGCAGCUCUGGCUGGUUUGGCCAGUAAAGAGAGCUACAGCAGCGUGAGUCUGCGCAGUGUCAGUGUCUCAGAGCAGAUGACCAAUAACAGCGCAGCGCCCUACAAAAAACUCAUGCUCAUGCAGGUCAAAGGUCGACGUCAUGUCCAGACCAGACUAGUGGAGCCUAGAGUGUCCUCUCUGAACAGCGGUGACUGUUUUCUACUGGUUACGCCUGAGCAUUGCUUCGUUUGGAUCGGAGAGUUUGCAAAUGUCAUUGAAAGAGCCAAGGCAUCAGAACUGGCCACUUUCAUCCAGCUGAACCACGACCUUGGUUGUCGAGCUGCACUGGUAGAGACGAUCGAAGAUGGAGUGAAUGCUCAAAGCCCUGCAGCUGCUGAGUUCUGGAAGAUCCUGGGAGGACCAGCCAACUACCACUCGGCCGGAUCUCCAGACGAGGAUGAGAUGUUUGAAAGUGCCAUUGUGGAGACAAACUGUAUCUUCCGUCUUGUGGACGAUAAACUGCUUCCUGAUGAUGAUUUCUGGGGGAAAGUGCCUCGUAGUUCACUUUUGGGCUCUAAAGAGGUGGUAGUGUUUGAUUUCGGUAGUGAAGUGUACGUGUGGCAUGGUAAAGAGGUAACAUUGGCACAGAGGAAGGUGGCGUUUCAGCUGGCCAAGCACCUUUGGAACGGGACGUUUGAUUAUACCAACUGUGACAUCAACCCUCUGGAUCCUGGAGGACACAACACGCUCAUACCGAGGAAAGGUCAAGGCCGCCCAGAUUGGGCCAUGUUUGGCAGACUGACCGAACAUAAUGAAACAUGUCUUUUUAAAGAGAAGUUCCUGGACUGGAAAGAUGCUUCUAGACUGUCACCUAAAAAUGUCAUCGAGCACCCCUUCCAGCAGAAGGAGUCUCCGGGCACAGAUUCCCAUUCUGAGUGGCAGGCGUACAGCGCCACUCUGAUGCUUCCGGUCCUGCAGUCGCCCAUCAGUACAGUUCUGGACGGUCAGAAUGUGGGUCGAGGAUACGGUCCGGUGGGGAACGGCUCGGAUGACUGCAUGCGCUCUCUGGAGAUCAGCACGGUUUCUGUUGAUGUCUGGCACAUCCUGGAGUUCGACUACAGCCGACUACCCAAGCAGAGCAUCGGCCAGUUUCAUGAGGGAGAUGCUUACGUAGUGAAAUGGAAGUACAUGGUGAGCGCAGCAGUGGGCAGCAGGCAGAAGCUGGAUCCGGUGCGCAGUGCAGGUCCCGGCAGGGAGAAGUGCUGCUAUUUCUUCUGGCAGGGCAGAAACUCGACGGUCAGUGAGAAAGGAACAUCUGCGCUCAUGACUGUUGAACUGGAUGAAGAGAGAGGAGCACAGAUGCAGGUCCAGCAGGGGAAGGAGCCGCCCUGUUUCCUGCAGUGUUUCAAUGGAGGGAUGAUUGUGCAUUCUGGGAAGAGAGAAGAAGAAGAGGAGAACAUUCAGAAUGACUGGCGUCUGUACUGUGUGCGAAGUGAGGUGUCUGUAGAGGGCCAUCUGCUGGAAGUGGCAUGUCACUGCAGCAGUCUGCGAUCACGCACAUCAAUGGUCCUUCUGAACAUCAACAAAGCCCUGAUCUACCUGUGGCACGGCUGCAAAAUGCAAACACACACACGGCAUGUCGCUCGAACCGCCGCAGAGAAGAUAAAAGAACAACGGCCACUGGAAGCGGGACUUCACAGCAGCUGCAAUGUGACCAUUCAUGAAUGUGAGGAAGGUGGCGAGCCAGUGGAAUUCUGGGAAGCGUUAGGCAGGAAGGACCGCAAGGCCUACGACUGCAUGCUUCAAGACCCUGGCAAGUUUAACUUCACCCCGCGUCUGUUCCAGCUCAGUAGUUCUUCGGGUGAGUUUGUGGCGCUGGAGUUUUUCAACCCAUCCAGAGCCGCAGACCUUGUUUGCUCCCUGCCGUUCCUGCAGGAGGAUCUGUACUCUGCCCCUCAGCCAGCUCUGUUCCUAGUAGAUAACUAUCAUGAAGUUUACCUGUGGCAGGGCUGGUGGCCGCAGGAUACUGAGAGUACUGGUUCUGCCCGCAUCCGCUGGGACGCAGACAGGAAGUGUGCUAUGGAAACCGUGUUGCAGUACUGCAGAGAAAAGAACGAGAAGAAGCCUCAGAAGUCAUACUUGAUCCAUGCUGGAUUAGAGCCUCUGACCUUCACAAACAUGUUCCCCAGCUGGGAGCACAGAGAGGACAUUGCUGAAAUCACAGAGAGGGAGGCAGAGGUGUGUAACCAGAUCAUUCUGGUGGAGGAUGUUCUGGCUCGACUGUGUCAGAGUAUUUAUCCUCUAGCAACACUGCAAACCCGUCCCCUUCCCCACGGCGUCGACCCGCUGAGACUCGAGAUGUACCUGACCGACGAGGACUUUGAGCGAGUGUUAGACAUGAAGAGAGAAGAGUUUGACGCUCUGCCUGGAUGGAAGCAAGUGAACCUAAAAAAAGCCAAAGGACUCUUUUAGAAACCUGACUAAAGUCGUCACAGUGACAUAAUUAUCACUGUCCAUUUCCUUAAUGGCCACCGGUUCUGCGCUCACCUCAGCAUUUAGACCUCUUUUGGUUAAGGGAGGUGGUUGUGCACUGAGAACAGUGUAAACGGUCAGGUCAAAGGUCACUUUAGGAUCUACAGAUUCACCUGCUGUGGCGUCCGCUUUUGAUGUAUUUUUUAAGUCUGUGGAGGUGAUGUCUGUGUGUGUCUCCUCACCACAUUCAUGUACGACGAUUUGCGGUCUGUGAGCAGUGCGUUUGUUCAUGUAACAUCUAAAACAAGUAUGUUUAGUACAUGAAAUCAAUACACUCAUCUUCCCAUUCGGUACGAUCUGCGAUGGGUUUUUGUUGCAAUGUGUGUUUGUGUUUGAUAAGUCUGCUGAAUAAUUGGAAAUUGUAUAAACUUUGUAGCAAACAAUGAAGCAGCAGAAAAUCCUGUGUGAUCGCUCUAAAUGUUGUCAUAUGUCUUAGAAUAUUCUUUUUUGAUCCAAGAGGAGUUUACAUGCUGUGUCUGUAAUUUUUUUGUGUGGUAUUCUCAUGUGAAUGGCUGUUGGUUGUGUUGUGCCGGUCUCUCUUUCUUGAGGUGUGAGGGACAUCAUGUUUGUUUGUAUUCAGACAGCAUGGAAUAAUGGACGAGAGUAAGAAAAGAUAUUAAUUUAAAUGUACAGUAUAGUGCCUUGCUUUUGUGUACAGUUUCUAUACCAAACACACACUAGUCUGCAUUUCAGAGACUUUCUUUUGUGAUAAAAGAAAUGGUGAAUAAAGAAA